CAAAAAUCAGGGGUGGCUCUUGUAAUUAACACAAAUCAAAAUACUUCUUGAAUUAGCAAUACGAUCUCGUUUUCCCUCCUAGGCUCCUAACAUUACCGAAACGAAGCUGCAAGCCUUCCAACAUUGCACCGCAGUGAGGCUGCGUUCAGCUAAAUUUGGGAGAACAUGCCAUCUCUUCAAACUGCUUUGCCUCCUGAACUCGCCAACAAUGUGAUUAGACUUUACCGUGAGUGUCUCCGAAGAGCUAGAUAUAUUGGUCAUCAGCAACAUAAUACAGAGCUUGUUGUUGAUAUGGUGAGGCAGCAGUUCAAAAAACACAUGCAUGAGACAGAUCCAGAAAAGAUUCAAAAGUUGAAGGAUGACGCGGCAAGAGGACUUAUAAAUCACAUACUGUAUGAGUCUGAGAAGAUGUCUGGCCGCAAAUUCAGCAAAAAGUCUUGAUAAUUCCAGGCUGAUUCUUUUCUAAGAUUUUAAGUAGUGUAUCAGCUGAAUUUUUGGUUGUGAACAAAGUAAUAAUUAUAGUGACUUGAAUGCUCACAGAGGUUUCUGUUCUCUCCUUACAUCUUCUUGCACUAUCAUGCAACAUGAAAUUGGCAUGGUGGCUUUUUUUUUUAUGGUUGUUCAAUUUACACUGAAAGAAAUUAACCGGUCCUGAUUGCAGAAACAGGACUUGGGCAAGAAGAUGGCAUUAGCUUGCAAAAUGACCUGCAAUUAUUAACAGCUGUGAUAUAAUAACUUUGUAUCCUAUUACUUUCAUUAGUAUGGUUCUAGUAUCAAGGUCUGGAGAGCUGAGGCAGAAUUUUUCGAUU